AUGCCGCUGCACCGCGCCGCAGGUAAUUAUCUCACUAUUUUCGUUUUCAUUUUCUUCAAUCGACGAUCGAUCGCCACCAACCGGUAGAUUCGUCCGCUCCGAUCAGAUCCGAUGUCGCUGCUAAACCAGCUCUUCAACCGUGGAGUCUUCGGCGCCAAAUGCAAAACAUCCUUAAACUUCGCGAUAGCUCGGAUGAAACUGCUGCAAAACAAGAGAGACAUGCAUCUCAAACACAUGAAGCAGGAGAUUGCUCAGUUCUUACAAGCAGGACAAGAACCAAUCGCUCGAAUCAGGGUGGAGCAUGUGAUCAGAGAAAUGAAUCUAUGGGCGGCUUAUGAGAUCUUGGAGCUGUUCUGCGAGUUUGUGCUUGCUCGUGUUCCAAUUCUUGAAAGUCAAAAGGAAUGCCCGAGAGAGUUGAGAGAAGCUAUUGCUAGCAUUAUCUUUGCUGCUCCGAGGUGCUCUGAAGUGCCUGAUCUUCUUCAGCUUAAGAAUCUUUUCGGUACCAAAUAUGGGAAAGAGUUUAUCAUGGUUUCUUCUGAGCUCCGUCCUGAUUCUGGUGUCAAUCGUACAAUCAUUGAAAAGCUUUCUCCUGCAAGUCCGUCCGGAGAGACAAGGCUCAAGGUUUUAAAGGAAAUUGCCAAGGAGUACAGUUUGAAUUGGGACUCUUCUGCCACUGAAGCCGAGUUCAUGAAGAGCCAUGAAGACUUACUGGGUGGAGCUAAGCAAAUACAUAGUGUCUCUGAAUCUAGGCCGUCCCAACAGGGCAACACUCAGUCUUUGGUUUCUAGGGAACCUGAGGUUCUGCCUGCAGAGGCCACGCAGAGACUCCAGAAGCUUCAAGCUCAAAACCCAGUGAGCAAAAACAUGUCAUCAUCACCUAAGCUGCAUGUAGCUACUCAAGCGCCUCCUGAUACAAGACGGGAUCAGAGUGAUGUAAUGGAGAGAGCUCGGGCUGCUAUAGCUAGCGCUGAUCGUGCGACAGCUGCAGCCCGUGCUGCAGCGCAACUAGUGAAUGCCUCUUAUGGUUCUGCACCCGCUGUAGCAGCAGAAGGGAAGCCUUCAAACUUAAUGUAGUUGCCACGUCAUGAUUUGCGACAGAAGGGUUAACGAUGUUUCCUUAGGUUUGGAAAUGAAUAUAUGCUAAAGAGUAACAGUAAAAAUAUGCUAUGAAUUGUGUGACCUUGUGAACUGGUUUCAUAAGUUUAACUGUGGUAAAUCCUAAUCAAAAUCGGUGAUUUAAGUUA